AUGGCUUCUCUUCAAUUGCGCGCCCAGCGUGCUGCUCUUGGGAGCUUGCGGACUCCUACCACAGCCAGCUGCAGAGCAUCGAGGUUACCGGCGUCCUUCUACCGUUCAUACGCUACCGAGAUCGAGCCUCAGAGGCCGAAUAAACCUGCCCGGCAGAGCAAUGAGACCAAGGUUGGAAGGACGUUCCAGGGACAGGUCAUGGGCAGCAUUGGAGCUCGAUUGAGGCGGGAGCGGGAGCAGAGGGCGCAGUAUGAGGAGUGGCGCGAUAUGACGGAUCCUACAAGGAAUUGGAUGAUCACCUUUGUCUUCAUCUCGGGUGUUGGCAUUUCAUACUGGCUUGGAACUUUCUGGCCAAGGGAACCAGAACCUACAUCGACAUUGCCUCUCGACAAGACCAGGGCGCCCGUACAUAACACCAAGCUCGAGAAUAUGCAGGCCGCCUGGGCCGACUUUGUUAAGAUUGUUGGACAAGACAAUGUUAGCACCGCCGAGAACGAUAUUGAGCACCACGCAACCUCAAGCUGGUCCUCGCACCAAGCAAACCCCGAAGAUCGACCCUUCUGUAUUGUAUAUCCUGGAAGUACUGAGGAGGUAUCCGAUAUUAUGAAGAUCUGCCAUAAACGCAAGAUCCCUGUUACGGGCUACAGCGGCGGUACUAGUCUUGAAGGUCACUUUACCCCUACUCGCAAGGGCAUUUCUAUCGACUUCGGCCGUAUGAACAAGAUCAUCAACCUUCACAAGGAGGAUCUCGAUGUUGUUGUCCAGCCCGCUAUGGGCUGGGAGGCUCUGAAUGAUCACCUUGGCCAGGAGGGUCUUUUCUUCCCUCCCGACCCCGGCCCUGGUGCUAUGAUUGGAGGUAUGAUCGGUACUGGAUGUAGCGGUACUAACGCCUACCGCUACGGUACCAUGCGUGAAUGGGUUCUCAGCUUGACUGUUGUUCUCGCCGACGGCACCGUCAUCAAGACCCGGCAACGGCCUCGCAAGAGUUCUGCUGGCUACGACCUUACCAAGCUCUUCAUUGGCUCCGAGGGUACUCUCGGUCUUGUGACUGAAGCCACCCUUAAGGUCACUGUCAAGCCCGAGUCAACCAGCGUUGCUGUCUGCAGUUUCCCCUCAAUCCGUGAUGCCGCAAACUGUGUGGGCAAGGUUGUGGGCCAGGGCAUCCCCGUGGCGGCUGUCGAGAUUCUCGACGAUAACCAGAUGAAGUGCAUCAACGACGCCGGAAUGACAUCACGAGCCUGGACUGAGGCGGCCACGCUUUUCUUCAAGUUCGCCGGUACUCCCGCUGGUGUCAAGGAGCAGAUCGCCCAAGUCAAAGGCCUCGCCAAGCAGGCCGGCAGCAAGACCUUUGAGUUUGCCAAGAGCCAAGAGGAGCAAGACGAGCUGUGGAGUGCGCGCAAGGAAGCUUUGUGGAGCACAACGGCUGUCAAGAAGCCCGGCGACCACGUGUGGACUGGCGAUGUCGCCGUGCCCAUGAGCAAGCUGCCAGAUCUGAUUGAGGAUACCAAGAAGGAUAUGGCAAGGAGCGGCCUGUUCGCUUCUAUCGUGGGUCAUGUUGGUGACGGCAACUUCCACACUAUCCUGCUGUACAACGAUUCUCAGCGAAAGACGGCCGAGGCUGUGGUGCAUCGCAUGGUCAAGAAGGCUGUUGAGAUGGAGGGUACUGUGACGGGUGAGCAUGGUGUUGGUCUCGUCAAGCGGGAUUACCUCCCCCAUGAGCUUGGCGAGACUACAGUAGAUGCUAUGCGACAGAUCAAGAAGGCUUACGAUCCUCUGUGUCUGCUCAACUGCGACAAGGUUGUGCGCGUAGAAAAGCCCAAGAAGGGUGAAGUUGAUGAAUGGUAA